UGCCUCUCCCUCAGCUCCUGAACGCCCACCUGCUUGCCGAGAUGUCCUGCCAGCAGAGCCAGCAGCAGUGCCAGCCCCCUCCCAACGUCAGCUCUGGGGGCUGCUGUGGCUCCUCCAGCUCUGGGGGCUGCUGUGGCUCCAGCUCUGGGGGUGGCAGCUGCUGCAGCUCUGGGGGUGGCGGCUGCUGCCUGAGCCACCACAGGCGCCGCCGCAGGUCCCACUGCCACAAACCCCAGAGCUCUGGCUGCUGCAGCCAGCCCUCAGGGGGCUCCAGCUGCUGUGGAGGGGGGAGCGGCCAGCACUCUGGAGGCUGCUGCUGACGUGGACCUUGGCCAAGAACAGCAGAAU